UCGCAGUCGACAGAACCACAUGGUAACACCAUCUUCAAGUUCUUCGUUUUGAAUUGCAACAAUGGCUACAUUUUACAAAUACGUGGCGUCAGCAAGGAUUUCGACAUGGCUAACGAGCGAUGGGAGGGAGGAACAACGCGUGGAGCGACGGAUGGAGGUCAGUGCCGUGGAGAUGGAACAUGGAAUACGUAACGAACAACAGCAGCACCGGCCCCGCGUUCAAGCACGACCCGAGCCUAGCCGAAAAAAGACGUUUCUUGAUGGUUGCUGCACCAACAGUUUGUUCCACCCCUUUAUUGACACAGAUGACACGUUCACGCACGGUGCAUUAUUGAUCACCGGCUAUGGCAUUCUACUGACAAUCUUCCACUGGGUAAUUGGUUUGUGGGCCGUCCUUACCCUCCCAGCCAUCUGUUGCAUAAGCGGGAUUUACUGUAUCGUGAAGGCGGUUAAGGAGACGAUAUUCUGAAUUGUGGUCCUCUAUAUACAACUCAAACCCGUGGAGCUGUCAGACAAGGGCUUCUACAGAUACCAUGUGUACCUGCUGAUAGACUUCCUCACAACUGUUGCUCUCAUUGCUACGGGCAUCGGUCUGGAGGCCGGCAUUGGAGUAAAACGCUGCGAGUUCAUAUCAUCGACCGUUUCCAUAUCAUUACCGUUUCCGGACGAUAUAGACGCCAAAGUGUGGUGGGUGGCCGCCUUCUGUAUGUCCAUGGACGCCUUCAUACCCCACAUCAUGAUUGUGUUCACCAUUGUGGUCUUUUUAUGCGUCUGUUUUACACUGGCCCACUGUCCAGAUGAGAACUAACCUUCUGACUGCUCAGUAUCAAUGUGUAUAUACCACGGGGUACAUUACGUCAUAUAUGCUACGUCAGAAGCACUGGCACCGGAUUUUCAAACUCAAAAACUUAAAAAAUAAAAAAAUCGUAUAAUUGCUUACUAAAAAUUAUAAUACCGAAUAUGUAAAAAAAUAUUGAAAAAUAUUUUUUUUUUCAAAUAUGCACUUUGUACUGUAUAAUAUAUAAACAAUGAUUCUUAUGAAGGAUACCGUGGUUAUUUUGAAAGAAAUGUACAUAAAACACGGUAUUUCUACCUUAUGAGACGAUAGCAGAUCAGACUAAAUCUUUUAGCAUUCACUAAUCAUUUAAUAUUUUUUGCAUAUCCAGCUAUCAAAAACAUGGUUAUAAUCUUAUUAUCAGUAUAUUUUCCAUAAAUGCAUUAUUUGGUAAGUUGUUAAAGGUUUAUCAGUCAAAAUUUAUGUUUGUUAUACCUGUCUAUGUAUUGUUUUUGUAUAAGAGCGUCACUUUAAAAGUGGGUCACUUGGGGUCAAAAACUAGGUCACUAGGUCAAAUCUUAGAAAAAUCUUUGGAACAUACGAGAGGCAUUAUACAUGGUAAUAUAUUCAUUAAACUUAAUCAGAAUGUUUUCCUUGAUGAACUCUUGGUCGUAAAUAAAACUGGGUCACAUAUAAACGAAAAUUAGGUCACUAGGUCAAAUCUUAGAAAAAUCUUGUCCAGAACCAUAUCAUGGUAAUUAUUGGUCAAGUUAUGUUAAAAAUUAGUCAUGAUGUACCCCUUGAAGAAAAAUGGAUCACUUAAAAAAGUGGGUCACAUGGGGUCAAAAACUAGGUCACUUGGUCAAAUCUUAGAAAAAUCUUUGGAACAUACUAGAGUCAUUAUACAUGGUCAAAUAUUCAUGAAACUUAAUCAGAAUGUUUUCCAUGAUGAACUCUUGGUCGUAAAUAAAACUGGGUCAAAUAUGAUCAAAAAUUAGGUCACUAGGUCAAAACUUAGAAAAAUCUUGUCCAGAACCAUAUCAUGGUAAUGAUUGGUCAAGUUAAGUUCAAAAUUGGUCAUGUACCCCUUGAUGAAAUAUAGACCACAUUAAAAAGUGGGUCACAUGGGGUCAAAAACUGGGUCAGUAGGUCGAAUCUUAGAAAAAUCUUUGGAACCUACUCGAGGCAUUAUACAUGGUCAAAUAUUCAUAAAACUUAGUCAGAAUGUUCCUUGAUGAAAUCUUGGGACUUAUUUGAAACUGGGUCACAUAUGAUCGAAAAUUAGGUCACAAGGUCAAUUCUUUCAAAAAUCUUGUCCGAAACUAUUUUAUGGUGGUGAUUGGUCUGAUUAAGUUCAAACAUGGUCAGGAUGUUCUUUGGGUUAAAUUUCGACUGCCUUUUAAGUGUGUUAUAUGGGUCAAAAACUAGGUCAUAUCUUACAGAAAUCUAGAGGCAAUACAUCUGCUCUAAUUUCCAUGAAACUUAAUCAGAAUGCCUCAAUGAAAUCUUGGAAUAGUUUGAAACUAAUAGGUCAUGUGGGGUCAAAAAUGAGGUCACUGGGUCAAAUCUUAAAAAAACCUUGUGGACACUCUAGAGGCUAUGUUAUUUGCAAUAUAUCUGGACCAACCGUCAUGAAAUUUGAUAAGAAUGUUUGCCUUGAUAAAAUCUUAGAUUAGUUUGGAACUGGGUAACAUGGAGUCGUCAUAAACUAGGUUUCUUGGUCAAUUCUGAAUGUUACAUUAUAUACAAUAUUUUUUUUAUUUCAAACAGUUGCA